AGAUGAACCUCGUCGAUUUGAACGUCGUGACGAUAGAAGAGAGGAGGCGCGGGAAGACCGCCGAGACUUCCGGAGAGAGAACUACAAUAGUGACAUCAGAACGACCGGAGGUUGAUCAAAGGGAUGGUAGAAUGGAAAGAAAACCAAAUAUUGCCAAUUCGAGGGAGAGAAAGAGUGAUGACGAUUACGGUAAUGGAUGCCGAGGUACUGAAAACCAUGACCUACCACCACGUCGUGGGAAACUGAUUAAGGAAGAUGAACCUAUUCUAGAUACAACCAAUAAGUUUGCCGGUUUGGAUUUGGAAGCUGAAGAUUAGUGGUGCACUGGUGUAAUGCGGAGGGUCGUAGUUUUUAUGGCCUUGUGAUCCCCUGUGCUGGCUAGACUGCCUGUUCGUACGUCUCAGCUAUGUGGGGCUACCUUCAUAAUGUGCACACACUGUCCUCCAUGACUAUCAUGGAUGCUAAUAGCGAACCUGUGUAUAAUGGCAGAGUUGUGUGCUCAGUUUCACUUGCACUGUUCUCGCUGCCUCAGGUUGAGGUGUUAGCAGUAUGUGAUUCAUAUGCGAUGAAUUGGCCUUUAGUUGCACACUGCGACCAAUACUGUGAGCAUAGUUGGUGUAUUGCCUGGUAUACAGAUCAUUGUUACUUAGAAAGUGACAAUCACUGUACUUGCCCUGCUCUAGAUUUUCAGAGGUCUUAUGAGGUAGAUCUACAUGGAUAUCUGAGAUUAAUGAAUACAGGUAAUCAUGUUUGCCAACAGAACACAAAUGUUUGUCUUCGAUUCUGUGCCCCAGCAUGGGAUUUUUGCAUUUCAUAAUCUUUUACUUUAACAUUGAUAUUGUGUGUUUAGUCUUCUUUUUUUUUUUUUUAAUGUAUUGUAAUUUAAUCUUGUUUGUGGGAGGUGGGGAUGUGAUUGGUGGUGUGCUUGUUUUUUUAGCCAGAACUUGUGGUGUUUAUAUAUAAAGCAACAAUAAUUUUUGCCAAACAUGCAGAGUGCAAAUUUAUUGUUGCAGUACUUUCAGAAAAAUUAAUCUGACCCUCACAAAAUAUAUUCUUUCAUAUUAAAUAAUACGUACUUUCAUUCUAGAUUCAGAUUGAUCUAAAUAAGGAUAAAAUAAAGCUAAAUUAUAUUAUGUCUAUUUUAGCAGUCUUAGAUUUAGAUUUGACAAGUUGGUUUGGUGGAAAAUUAGUAUGUAAGAUAAAAUUUGGAAGAUAUAUUUUUAGGGUAGUUCUGCUGUUACUGACUGCUUGUUAAGCACAACAUACAUACAUGUACAUAUGUGCAAGCUUGCAUGCAUACAGUAUUUGGUUAUAUAUUCACAAAUAGGUAAACGCAAUCACACAUGCACACCCACACUUGCACACGUGCACACACACACUCCCACUCAGAUACUGACAGAGAGAGAGUAUUUUAAACUUUUUUAAUAGGAAGAUUAUGGUGUUUGAUUUCAUGCUGGGGCACAGUGAUAGGUUGAGCAUUAAAUGUUGUGCAAAUUUGAGCUUCCUUGGUGUGAUAAUAUUGACCUUGAGCUGUGAUUAUAUGCUCUUGAGCUGCCCUUUGUUUUUAUUUUGAGGCAGUAUUAAAGACCUCUGAAACUGUGAUUCUUUGAGCUCCAUGUGCCCAGGCCAGCCAGUCAUCUCUCGUUCAAGUCUGUAUUUCUUGUGGGAAACGUGUGCAGCAUAGAGGUUCCAGGUUAUAUAUGGACAUUUUCGGAGUACUAGUAUUCGGAUGUGUCACUUGAGACAUCUUACUUGGUGCUUUGAUGUCGAGCACACACUUGCCAAUGUGUGGAAGUGAGCAGAGAAACACGAGGUUUAUAAGUGACAUU